UGAUGGUGUGAUGUUGAGUGGCGCCAUUUGUUUCUUAGAAGCAACUCAUGGACUCUUUAAUCCACAUAAGCUCAUGAUGCUUUUCUAAAUCCAUCCAAUCUGUUGGGUGUCUAAACUUAACAGCCCUACUCAACAAAUCUGGGUCAACAGAUAGACAGUAUGGUAAAGCUACACAGUUGCUGUCUGUGCAGAGCAACAUUACCAUCAUUGGAACUUUAAAGAAUUGUAUUGUGGAAGAUUUCGCCCAAUUCUUUUCAGAUUCCGAUUCAGAUAAAAUCCUCGCUAUGGAGGGGUGAGGAGGAAUAAAAACACAACUGGGUGAAAGCUUGAAGAAGUGAGAGGAUUUGAGGACUUCAUUGAGAAAAUGGAACUCCAAAAUCUAUUGAAGGUCGAUUGGAGCCAGUAUUUUUGCAAUCGGCCACAAGGAGAGUUUGAUACGAGUUCAAACCAUCAUCUUCUCUGCAGUGAGAUGAAAAGCAGCUCUGUCAGGCUGGAGGGCAGUUCAGAUCCAUACUGCAGCAUCUGGACCGACGCCAUGCAUGCAAGAGUCAAGAGUUGUAACAAUCGGUCAUUUGCCAUGGAUGCUAGAAUAAGACUAGAUCAUUUGAAGUCAGGGUGUAAUUCAGCCUUGCCUUGCAGUGCCAUGGAUGGGAUGUUGUUCAACUAUAACUUUCAUACAGACAUUUGUGACAGUGAAGAGUCACAAGAAGAAGAGUCUGCUUUGGACUCGGUGGAGCUCCUCGAUGUAGAGGACAAUGUGCAGGAUGAAGAGAGCUGGUUAUAUGAGUCAAAGAAGCAGGGGUUUGUGGAGAGAAGUGAGUCUGCCCUGAGAUGGUGUCGACACGUCCUGGAUAACCCCAGUCCUGAGAUGGAGGCCGCGUGUCGUUCAUUGAUAAACAGGCUGGAUCAAAGAUCAAGCAUGUGUCAUUUCUACAGACGUCCUGCAGUCGGCUCCUCUACGGACAAAACAUCUGUCAGCACAACACACAAUAUCUCUAACAGUACAGAUAAUGUGUUGAGCUUCCACUAUGACUCCAUGACCACGGACUAUAGACUGCAGGACAUCACAGAUGUCCACAUUAUGGCUCAACUGCAGGAGGCCAGUUUAAGACAGAACUAUGUUUCCAUGCCUGCCUGGAGAAGCCCUGAGUCACCACCUGGUCCACCGUCGCUGAGCUCUUCCCUUCGCCAGUCUUCAUCAUCAGUAGCUCAGCAGGGCUGCCACAGUCCAAAACUGGCCAGACUUCACGAGCAGGUCACCCAGUUCAAACUGCUGAAACUUGCACAAAAUCAAGCAGCAACAUCACCAGGCAGGACCAGGUCACCUCUGCGUACCAGCCUCCGCUCUCUGCAGGCUGUUAGGAACAGCCGAUGUUUAGACCACAACAGCUGGCAAUCUGCAGACCAAAUCACUUACCCACCAUCAGCACCGUCCAACAGCUCGUUGCACUCAGCGAGAGACUCCUCAGACCCGACGACAGCUGUGAAGAGACUGCUGAGGUCUCAGUCUCUCAGCCCCUGUAGGAUCCUUCACCCUGCUAAGGGAUACCUGUCUGCUAACGGACGUGUUUUUGCUCCACCCGAGAGGUCGACCAUAGAAGCAUGGGACAGAGGUGUGCCAUUCACUCAAAGGUGAAAGGUGUCACCGAUGAAUCCCUGAUAGUAAUGAGGUAGAGUUAAAACAUUGAGAAAUGUAUGUCAUAUCCUGUAUUAGUUUUGAGUUUAACUCUGAUAUAAUUAAUCCUUCAUAGCAGGGCAUCCUACUCUGGGUGAAGACAGGUUCUGUGUGAAGUUCCCAUCAAAUGGGCUGGGAUCUUAGUCAUCUUUGUCUAAAAACAGAUUGUAGAAAAUGACGCCAGAACGUGUAGCUGGCAAUGGUGUGCACAAAACCUGACAGACGCAUCCUGGAGGGCUGGGACAUCCUGUGUGGUUAAGUCAGACAGUGUUGUUUGAACAAAAACCUAGUAAAGAGUUCCAUUGUAAUCUAUGUGUAUAUAUAUAUACAUAUAUAUAUUAAUUUAAUGUAAUCCACCCAUCUGAGAUACUCUGGAGAUAAUCAAAGUGAAAAUAAUGCUCUGUUUUGUAUAGACUGAUUGCAACAAUCAGUCUGUACUAUACCACCAAUGGUUUUGCAAGCAUGCUGUAUUACAACUUAUUAACAUUGAACAUAUUGUGCUUAUUGGCACGGUGUGAGGAAUUCAAAGUGUAUUGGUGUGUGUCAUGAACGUGAUUAGUGUAGAUUUUAAUGCUGCUUUAAAAGUGGAAGUGCACUCAAACUUCACUUAAGUGUGGUUGAUUGCAGAAUAGGCUGGAUUGUGCAGUUAUUGCAACAGGAAGUGUGCAGUUUGCCAUCAUGUUAGAAAAAUGAAACAGGUGAUCUGUGCACAAAAGAAAGCAUGCUUGUUACCAAGCAAUAGAUAGACGUGGGCUAUUGGUGAUUUCUUCCUUAAAACGUAAGCAGUGUCAUACAUUAGAAAUGUUUUAGUUUUAAGGUGACGAUAUUUACUCUAACCCAACUAAUGCAUUGCAGUUUCAACUGUUUCCUAACUUUUUUUUAAUUUAAAGCUACCUGAAUUAUACACCCUAAAGAGCAGUUUGGGCACAUACUGUAGUGAUUAUAGAAGCUUUUAGAUGGUUCUGUA